AUGCCAUCCGCCUGUUUAAAGGCAGUGAAGACUGUGUUAAAUAUUCUGGUCGACACUGGGAGCAGUAAUUUUGCUGUAGCAGGUGUGCCGGAUCCUGAUGUCACCUCCUACUUCAACACAGCGCUGUCAAGUACAUACAAAUCUCAAGGGAUUGAUGUCACAGUUAAGUACAGUCAAGGAAGUUGGACUGGAGUGCUGGGUACAGAUGUCAUUACUAUCCCAAAAGGAAUCUAUGGCAGCUACACCAUCAACAUUGCUACUAUUCUUGAAUCAGAGAAUUUCUUCUUACCAGGGGUUAAAUGGCAUGGGAUUCUUGGUCUUGCCUACAAUACCUUAGCCAAGCCUUCAAGUUCUGUGGAGACGUUCUUUGAUUCUCUUGUGAGGCAGGCAAAGAUCCCCAACAUUUUCUCCUUGCAGAUGUGUGGUGCUGGACUGCCUGUUUCUGGAAGUGGUACCAACGGAGGUAGUCUUGUUCUGGGUGGAAUUGAACCAAGUUUGUACAAGGGCGAUAUUUGGUACACACCGAUCAAAGAGGAGUGGUAUUACCAGGUUGAAAUUCUCAAACUGGAGGUCGGAGGACAAAACCUCGAAUUGGACUGCAGAGAGUAUAAUGCCGAUAAAGCAAUAGUAGACAGUGGAACCACGCUCCUCCGUCUGCCUCAGAAAGUCUUCACUGCUGUUGUGCAAGCAAUAGCUCGCACAUCCCUGAUACAAGAAUUCUCUUCUGGUUUCUGGACUGGUUCACAGCUUGCAUGCUGGGAUAAAACUGAAAGACCCUGGUCCUUAUUUCCCAAACUUUCCAUUUAUCUGAGGGAUGAAAACUCCAGUAGGUCGUUUCGGAUCUCUGUCCUACCACAGCUUUAUAUUCAACCUAUUCUUGGAAUAGGAGAGAAUUUACAGUGCUACCGAUUCGGCAUCUCUUCCUCCACAAAUGCUCUCGUUAUUGGUGCUACAGUCAUGGAAGGCUUCUAUGUAAUAUUUGACAGAGCCCAGAGGAGAGUGGGCUUUGCAGUGAGUCCAUGUGCAGAAGUUGAUGGGUCUCCAGUAUCUGAGAUUGAAGGCCCUUUCACAACAGCAGAUGUUGCAAGCAACUGUGUUUCUAGUGUUUCUUUCCAUGAACCAGUGUUGUGGAUUGCCUCCUAUGCUCUCAUGAGCCUAUGUGGAAUUAUCCUCCUUAUACUGAUCAUUCUACUGCUUAUUCCACCACGGUGUCAGCAUCGCUACACUGACAAUGACAUGGUCAAUGACGAAUCCUCCUUAGUGCGUCAUCGAUGGAAAUGAGAAACUUGAUCAUGAAACCCGGGACUUAAACAGAAUGAAGAAUGAAGUACUUUGCCAAGGGGAAGAAGCCAAUGCCUCAGUCCUUUCUACGUUCAUUACAAAUUGUUGUUGAAAUCCCGCCAAAUAUCCUGCAUCAUAACUUUUUAAGCUUUAUUUUCUAACACUGAUUCUGAACCAAAGCACUGUUAACCACCUCUUAAGUGCUAUGGUACUGGAUUUUCUACUGCAGUACAAUGAGCCUUUAUGCUCUCAAUAGUACCUUCUGUUAAAUGGGG